AUGUUCGAAUUCGAUAAAUGCACCCAUUACAUAUCCAUUGAUGAGAUGAGAGAUCCAGAGAUUCAAAGAGGUUGGCUGAAUAUGCAAGCCGACAAACUACGCACGCAACAGGAGCUUGAGCGCCUACAGGCCAAAUACAUUGGAACGGGACAUCCAGACACGACAUCAUGGGAAUGGCGGACGAACAUAUCGCGCGAUACAUACUCGAGUCUCGUCGGCCACCCACCACAGCUAGCCUACAUCUCGCUUGCGCAGAACGAGCCCGCCGCCAAAGUCCGAGCCCAGCUCAUCCGGAAGAUGAUUCAGCCAUGCGGUCCACCGCCUCCGCGAGAAGGGGAAGAGCACAUGUUGCAGAUGGGCCGGAACGGGAAAUCAUGA